AUGUAAUAAACAACUUAAAAAUGGAUAUAACAGGAAGAAUUAAGAAAAUUAUGUACAUCAUAUUUAUAAAUGAGCGAAAUGGCAUUAAAAGAAAAAAUGCUUUAAGCAAAUUUAAAGAAUCAAGAUCCAAUAUAGUUAAAAAAAAAAAUAAUGAAUUUCAUAGAAUAUAGUAAAAUAAUUAAAAAUCAAGAAGAAAUAUAACAACAAUUAGAUUAAGUAAAGUUUUUGCUUAUUUAGACUACAAUUACUUAAAUCAAAGAAGCAUAAGAUUUAGCUCUUUAAUAAUUUAAUUAGAAUAAUAUAAUCAACAGUUCAAUAUCUUCACUUUAUCCAAAUAACUAAGUUUUACACAAAACCCAAGAUCCUUUUUUAUCUAAAAAAAUUAAAACCAUAAACUUAAAACCUAAUUAUAAUUAAAGAAAUUUAAGUACAAAUUUAUUUUACUACUUAGUUAAAUUAGCUGAGGAGGAAAUGGAAUUUAUUUAUCAAGAAUCUUUUUCAAACCUUGCCGCUAAGUAGGAUUAAAUUGUUAAUAAAAUGAAUUUAUAAAAGAAAAUAUAAGAUAAUAACAAUUUUAAAUAAAAUAUUCCAAUACCUUUUGAAUAAAAUCAAGAUUCUUAACGUUAAUUAGAUUAUGAUUCAUUUGAAUAAGAUAGUAGAAAUUAAAUUGAUCAAGAAAAUAUAAAUAUCACUAAAGGAAAUCCUGAAAUAAAUUUAAGGAUAGAAGAUAAAGAAUCACUAAAUAAUGUUAUAACACCUAAAUAAAAAUAAAUUGGCAUAAAAGGUUUAGAGACUGAUGAAGAAUUUUAGAAUAAUUAAAGUUCCCUUAGUAAAUAGAAAAAUGAAUAAGCUAAAGAAAAUAAUGGAGUUGUUUCUGAGAAGACAUUAUAAAAAUUUGAUUUUGAUCCUAUUAAUCUAAAUAUUACUCCAAAUAUGAAAACAGAUGAAGGUUUACAUAAUGAUGAAUAAAAAGAUAUAGUAUUAAAUAAUAUUUACUAAGAAAUUAUUAACGAAUAAACAACAACAUAAACUCCUAAUGAAUAAACAACAAGUUAAACUCCUUUAGAAAAAACAACAACUUAGACCUCUAAAAUAGAAAAUGAAGAAAAAUUAUAUAAUUAUUAAGAUGACAUUAAAACCUAUAAUUAGUUAUCAAAUAAUCAAAGUGAAUAAAAAGAUUAAAUAUUAUAAAAAAAUUAAUCCAAUGAUACAAAUAAAUAAAUACAUUUAAGUGAUGAAAAUAUGUACAUAAAAUAAUCAGAAUAUAUUAGCGAAUAGUUAAUUGAUGAAUAAAAGAAAACAAAUUAUAAUGAUAUCUAGAGAAUUUAACAAAUUGUUAAAAGUGGAUAAGAAGCUUCUUUUUCAAUUUAAAAUUCAGAAAUGAAAGAAAGUUUUCAGAUGAAUUAAAAAUAGGAUAAUAAUAAAUAAAAUAUGUUAAACAGCCCUGCGACUUAUUUUAGCCUUCAACGAGAUUUUUUAAUAUCUCAAGAAUAAUAAACCCACCAACAUAAUUUUUCAAUAAAAUUUAAUUAAGAUAAUUCUUUAAAUUAGAAUAAUUUUACAAAAUCACUAAAAAUUCAGGAUGUUCCUUAAAAUUAAAAAAAAAAUAACGCUGAAGCAUAAAUUUAUAUGUAAAAAACCUAAUAAUAAAUCUAUUAAAGUGGACUUUAUUCAAAUAAUUCAAGUUAUGUAAGUAAUGGAUAAUAAAUAUCAUAAAUAAAUACAUCUAAAUUUGAUAUUAAUAAUAUUAAUAUUGAUUAAAAUAGCCAAGAAUUAUAAAAUUUAAUUAAAUCUAAUGAAAUUAAAAAGAAUAAUUAAAGUAAUAAGAGUAUAUGCAUUAAAUCUGAUGAUGUAAUAAUAUAAAAAUAUCUUGAACUUGUUUAGAGAUAUAUAGCUUUUUUAAAUUGUUAAGUAUAAUUACUAGAAAUUAAAUAUUAAAACUAAAGAAAUAUAAUGAGAACGAAUAAAAGACAUAAAAUAGAAUAGAAAUUGAUGAUAAAAGUCAAAAAUUAUGAUUCGAAUAAAUAUCAAUAGAUGAAUAGACUUGAAUCUGUAGUAUUUGAGGAUUAUAACUCUUAAAUUAAUUUGGAAUCAAAAGAUGAUUCAGAUAAACUUUCUUAAUAAAAUAGAUAGUUUCAAAGUGAAUAAAGUUAAAAUUCUCUAUAAGAUUAAGAGGGUUUAACAGAUUCUGAUAUAAUAAAAUUGUUUUUUGAAAAAUGGAAAGUUAAUUAAUGUAUGAUGAUUGAUAAAAUUCGAUAUGUUUUUCCUGAUAAUACGUUGGUAUAGGUUUUAGAAUAAAAAAGGUAUGGAUAAUGAUUUAUAUAUAAAGUUCUGAAGAAUUAGUAUUAGUAACAAAAUGGAUAAAAGGAUGCUUAAGAUUACUAUUCUUGAUGGCUAAGAUUUAUUUGUUAAUUAGAGGACAUCUAAAGUCUUUGUUGAGUAUAAUAUUGACAUAUUUAUUUUAUAAAUUAAUUUGA